GAUAGCCUAUCUGUUCAACGCUUAUAAAACUUGCUAGGCCGUGAACUAUCAGGCAGUCCGGCAGAAUUCACCGACUUGAAAUCACUGCACAACAUGCGUAUUCUGAUAUUGGUGCUGGCUGUCGCCUUUGCUGGCGCACAGCAGGAAAGUUACGUGCCUGAGAAUUGUCCAACCAACAUUCCAUGGGACGCUCUGGCCAGGGGAGCCUCACAGGAGGUAAACCAACAAACAGACAAAGAUUUUGGUCCAAUAUAUGAAAUAACACUCUUCGAUAUGGAAAAUGGUUACACGCCAUAUGAGAGCCACACAAUCGGUCUUGUUUCUAACGAGAACUCAAUGCCUUUCAAGAGCUUUACCGUGACUUUAGUAAAUAACGAUAUCAUGUGCUUGCCUGGUGUACUCAAGUCAACGAACUCUCGUGCACGCGAGAUCAAGGAAUGCCCAAGCGCCAUUAUCAAUGAAAAUGACGACGACAAAACUAAGGUGUCUUUCCGUUGGAAGGCCCCAGAAUGUGGAUGUGUAACAAUCAGGGCAACCGUUAUGCGAGAUAUGGACACAUUUUACAUGGACAUGGAAGACGAAUACGAUAGCUAUUUGACAAAGACUAUCUGCCCAGUCGGUAUGCAACUGCCACAAGAAAUCGAUCUUUCAAUGUUGACUGGAUUAACUCAAGAAGACCUUGAGAAAGCAUUGGAAAACGAGGAUGUUAUGGGAAUGGCAGAAGAAGAUUUGGCUACACUCGAGGAAAUGGACGCGAUGUUGGAAAUCACUGAUGAGGAUAUAGAUACACUCGAAAAUAUUGCAAUAUCAAUUAUUGGGGACGAAUUGAUUGAGGAAGUAGAAACGGAAAUAGCAAUGGAAAUGGAAUAUAUCAGCCAUCCAUAUGCAGAUAUAAACAUGGCAAUCUACAACGAAGUUUGUUCUGAAGAAAGACAAGAUGCACCAACAACAAGCAUGGAAAUCUAUCCUUGCUGUAAACUCGUGGGUGAGGACCGUCGUAUGUGCUUUGAGAGACGUCAGCCACCUGCAGAAAUAAUGAGAAAAAUGGAGUACAUUCGUUUAGAGUUUGUCUGUGAUGAAAUGAGCAUUCCAAUGAAUGAGCAGAUGCGCGAACGCAAUAGCGAAAUUAGUCUUUGCUGCAUGAAGUCAGAGAAAGAAGAAAGACGAGAGUGCUUUGAUGAAAGCCGGGAGAGCCAUUACGAGCGUGUCUGUCAGGGUGAAGAUAUUCCAAUCUACUUUUCGUUCUACAACAAAGGCAUGUCAAUGGGCAAGGACAGUCAAGAAAAGAGAGACCACAUAUGCUGUGAGGAGGAAGAUGACGAUAGGAUUCAGUGUUUUGAGAAUGAAGAGCGUCGCGAGUUUUUCCCAAAUAUGAUUGAUGAAGACCAAAUUGCUAAUGACCUUGAAAACAAACGUAUUGACAGAAUGUGUCGUCAUAUGCGUGAAGGAUCCAGUGAGAGCCAUGAGCGCAAAGAAGAUAUUCGUGAGUGCUGUGACAGACGUGGAAGAGAAAAGUUACAAUGUUUCCGAAGACUUCUCCAUGAGUACAUCGAUAAUGUUUGCUCUGGUGAGUCUGAAAGUUACUCCUAUGAAAUUGGUCGCUUUGGUGAGUCUAUCAAAGAGGACAGGAUGAUGUUUCCAAAGUACGAUAGAAAUGACAUAUGCUGUAGCCUGGAGGGUCUUGAGCGUUAUAAGUGUUUUGCACUAAAAGCUAAACCCGCAGCACAGAGAAUCAUUGAUCGUGUAGAGGAGAGUCGCAUUAGCAACCUCUGUGAUACAAUUAUAGUUGAAGAUGAUAUUUCUGAGCUUGGACUUGGUGAUUUGAAGACAUGCUGUCUCCUGGAAAAUCCGGAUAAAUCAGAAUGUUUCAAAACCCAAGAAAUGGUUCAUAUUGACAACGUCUGUGAUGGCCUAGAGAUGGGGUAUGUUUAUCGUCUAGGACACUAUGGUGAGGUUGUUGAUGAGGAAGAUAUGAAUGAGGUUGUUACCAUGGACCAUCCUUGUUGCUUAGAAAAUGGUGAAGAUCGUUACCUAUGCUUUGAAUCGAUGAGUAGGCUGCAUUUGUGGACUCAUAGACCAAGACCAAAGAUAUCCCAGCGUAUGAUGAUGUUCAUAGAUCCUGAUACCCGGUUUGAUGAGUGGCAUCGCCAACAGGUCUGUGCCAAAGUAAUGACGGGCAAUAGUGAAGAUGUAGAAAAAGAAAUUGAAGGCGAAGAUGAAUAUGAAGUUCCCUAUUGGCAUCAUGGAAGGCGAGGAAUGUUUAGUAAUGAGGAGCUGAUGGAAAAGAUGCGCGUUUGCUGUGAAAUGGAAGCUGAUGAGAGUCGCCAAUGCAUGUUGGAUGCACGUAAGAUAAAACUUGAUGAAUACUGUGAGACGAUGGCAUACACAACAGAUGAUUAUGGCAGGUGGAGACAACAGAAACAACAAUGCUGUGAGCUCAUUGGCAAUGAAAGAUAUGAAUGUAUGGAUGAAGUAAAAGCUAUGAUGGUGAUGAUGAGACACAAACCAAUGCGCAGGGAUCCUGAAACUCGCUUCAAUGAGGACCAUCGCAUGAGAAUUUGCACACGAUAUGUUGAUGGAAACACCGAUGAUGUAGACAGAGAAGUUGACGAGGAAAUGGGAUACGACAUUGAAGACAUCUCCGUAGACAUGGUAACAAAGAAAAUGGAUCGCAUGAUGUCAUUCAUCGAAAACAAACUUGUGAGAGAUAACGAGUUUAUGGAGAAAAUUGGUGAAUGCUGCAUGGUUGAUGAUGAAGAAGGUAAGACUUGUUUCCAGGAAGCACGUAAGAGCAGAAUUGAUAACAUGUGUGAGUUUAUUACCAAAGAUGUUGAGAGUGAAGACGAUCCAGAUUGGGAUAUUCGUGGAGCAAAGCCAGAAUGGAUCGAACGUAAGAUGCGUUGUUGUGACAUGUCUGGUGAUGAACGUUACGAGUGCAUUGACGAGAUUCGCAGCAUGAAGCGACCACGUAUGGAGCAGAAGUGGAGUACAUCAAGAUCCGAUGAAGAGCGCCAUGGACGAAGAGGGCCAGGAAUGAAACAGUCACCACGAUUCUCUAAAAUGGAUCUGCCAACAGAAGAGUCUGAGGUAUUAAGAAUGUGUGAGCGAAUCGCCAUGGACAGCGAGGAAAGUAGUGAAAUGAGAGGACCAAGAAGAGGAGAAGGAGUAAACAGAAAUGAAAUGCGUGACUGCUGUAUCGAGCGCGGAGAAGAAAGAACUACCUGUAUCAGAAGACUCAGAGAGGAAAGAAUAGAUGAGUUCUGUAAUACAGCUGUUGCAAGAACUGCUCUUAUUCGUGGAAUGCCAAAAAGAAGUGGAUUCCCACCAGCCUUGUGUUGCAGACGUCAAGAAAAUGAAAGAUAUAACUGUUUCACGGAAAAUGAACAAACCAAGCCAGUUGCUAAUACACAUGUGUGCGCAAGGAAAGUGGACCAGUUCUGUGACACUGCUGUAGCUAGAACUGCUCUUGUACGUGGUAUGCCAGAGCGUGACGGAUUCCCACCAGCCAUGUGCUGUAGAAUGCAAGGCAAAUCACGUUAUGACUGUUUUGAAACCGAAAUGUCAUCAAUGGUUGUUUCAUCGGAAUUUGACUUGACGACAUCUGAUGAGAGCAGAUACUCCAACUCCGAGGAAAGAGUAGACUUCAGGAUGGAUUUUUAUCAUGAGUCAUCCGAGGAAGAGACGUACGACGCUGAAUGGAGGAAAGACGAAUCAGGUAGAGUGGAAGACACCAAUUCAAAUGAAGAAUAUAGGGUGGAUGAACCUGUUUGGGAGAGUGAAGAAUUCAGCAGUUCUGAAGAGGAAAUAUAUGAAGGAGAUGAUCCAGAAGACUUGGAUCGUUGCUGUGAAGCAGGACGUAGAGCUGGCAGUAAAAUCACGGAAUUCCGCCGUGUGAGGUGCCUACGAAUGGGUAUUCGCUUCGCUAAAAAGGUUCAAGCACGUGGUUGUGGAAGAGAAUUCGUCAGAUGCUGUGUUGGUAAGGAAGAUGACGUCAUUACCCGUGAUAGUCCCCGCCGUCGUGAUCAAGUUCAUCCCCGUCAAUGAUAAGGAAUGGGAAGGAAGAUGACGUUAUUUUUCGAGAUAUGAUUACACAGGGAUGAUUAACAAUGUACCUAUUUCGUUUGAAGUCGAUUUUUCGUUCUUUUUUUGUUACUUCUAUUACCUUUUAUACAAAUUGUAACAAUGGAUUGAAAUAAAUACAAAGAACUGAUACAAGGAUCAGUUUGAACAUUUCAGAGAA